AUGGCCCUAAACACUACGCCAACCAAAGCCACUUCUGCACAGAAAUACCCGUGUCCGAUGUGCAACAAGAAGUCAUUCAAAUCGAAAGAAGCCCUUGGGGAUCAUCAAAUUGCUCGACAUGCUCAUUCUUGUACUAAGUGCGAGGAGAGGUUCAACAGCGCGGAGAGCUUAGCUCAACAUAUGAAGGACAAGGAUCAUAACGCAAAGAAGGCAAAGGCACCGCCUCGGUCUGCAGCCCCAACACCACGGCCUAUACCAGCAAUGAUCCCUUGCACUAAAUGCAACAAGAAAUUCAUGAGCGCUGAUAGCCUAGCUCAGCAUCUGAAGGACAAAGACCACAGUAAACAGAAAGCGAAGACAAACUCAACACCAGUAAUUGCCACCAGAGACAAAUUACAAACAGCAACAUCUCAAGCAACGCAGCGAGAAGUCCACAAGCAAGAUCCUCAUCCGGUGAAGCCAACCCCAGCAAGUAACACAGAGCAACCACCUCCCAUCAAGGGAUCGAGUCAGGUUCACCAAAAGUCAACAAUUCUAGACCCCCUAGAACAAGAUCUACUCUUCAAGUACCUACUAGCAAGAUGCCACCCAACCCCCCGUCUCAAAGCACAAGGAUAUACCAUCCCAAAAGAAGAUGUCACAACAAACAACGCCAAAUGUCUGUACUCCGGCAUGCCGCAUACAGCACACGCCUACCCCGGCCCACCACACGCACCAUCCAAGAUACGGAAAGCCCUAGUCCUAACCACCAAAACAACGAAAACAAAUGACAUCGACACUAUCGAAUCCAUGACGGUCAUCGAUUUCCUAACCGGCGAAAUUCUGUACGACGGUAUACCACCACAAGAAUCGAUACAAAAUCAAAAUUUGGACGUAACGGAAGAUGGAAUCCGGCGGACGCGAGAUGUCUUAGACCAAUACGUGGAUGAGAAUACUAUUCUCGUAGGACAUGGCCUAAAUGAGGAUCUUAACGCCUUAAAUAUGGCUACGACGCAGAUUGUGGAUGUAGCGAUUGUGACCAGCGAGGCGAGCUGA